AUGCAUGUUAGGGCCACUUAUCGAAAGUACAACGAAACCACGGAGGUGGAAUUUAAAGGUUGUGUACCCGUAGACAGCCUUACAUCGAAAUACAACGAGAUCUGUAACCAAUCUAAAGGGGUCAUAGAGUGCAGCCACGUUUGCUGCCGAGAGAACUUAUGUAAUGAGAAUAUCAAUCAAGGUGAAGGCUGUCUUAAAUGUGACUACUGCCCUGGGCCCGAGGAAAGUCCCGUUUUUAACCAUUCUACUCCUUUAAAUACGUCUUACACGAGUCAUCAGUGUAACAAUGAGCCAGAAACAACGAUUUGCCCACCUUGGAAUUUCUGCGCCAGAUUGUACAGAAAAUUCCAAAACUUUGAAGUGGAGAGGCGUUUUUGCACCUCUGAGGAGCACUGCGACGAUCUCAAUGAACUUUGUCGGGGACCCAAUACCAGGAAUGAUACAUAUUGCCAUGUUCAAUGUUGUCAGCGCGACAUGUGCAGUUCGACUUCGUGUGUUCACCUAGCACUACUUUCCAUUUUUGCUGCAGUAUUAUUUGGUAUGCUCAGCGGGUAGGAAAAUAUAAUUUGGUAUGAAACAAGCUUUUUUGAACAUUUAUUUACUUCACUGCAUAUCUACUCUAACCCAGAAUAACAAAAUAUACAUCUUAUCAAUGGUGGGAGUUUUCCCUUUGUCCUCGCUUUGCUUUCUUUCCGAAUUUUUUCCUUCAUUAUCAAAAAAUGGAAUUGAUUAAUUGUUAAAAAGUAAUUUUCAACAGCCCAGCGAAAACGCUCGAUCAUGUUCUAGACUCGCUUCGCAAGAACUCCUCAGGCUACCUGAACCACAGACAAAAGUCGAUUUUCUCUCUCUACCGAGGGUGGAACGGUCAAUUUUGCUUGAGUGUAUCACUAUGGAGUAAGAGGUUUUUCAAUUGACUAUACCACUCAAAGUGCAGAGAAAAUUGACCUUGGACCCAAGCCUCUUCCGUGACCGUGAACAGUCUUUGCAUCCAAACAUAGGCAGAAAAAAACGAAAUUGGAAAGGCAGGUGGAAAACGCUCGUUUUGCCCUGACCCUAUUCCUAGCGUAAUGCGCGGGGACUUUGGAAUUGAGACAUUCCUAACGAGCAAUAAUCUUAGAUUGUAAACUGUGGGUUAAAAAAAUAGCCAAUCAGAUGGAUUUUCUGGGCGCAAACCGCCUCCGCGUGGACAACAGUUGAAAUUCUUGAGUCUAGCAUGACAGUACAGGGGGCUCAAACUCUUUGUGAGAGGAUAAUAUUGUAAAGCUCCGCUCUGUAACCCCGUAAGUAAUACAGCAAAUAAAUUCUAACCUUCAGAUAGCGUUGCUUGUGUUAUUUUUGUUCUCUAGUGGCAGUUCCAGGUUAUUUCCUCGAGAUUCAUCCCACUACUGCCAGAAGAAGUAAAGGGAGGAAGGCUUGUAAAAGCAACGGACUGAUCCACUCUCCGCAAAAAUCGCUCGAUUAUCCGACUAAACCACGUCUCCUUGCUUCGAGACUUUGCCUCAUGAAAGCCAGAUAGUUGUACUAUACGUUUGUCGAAAAAAAAUUCCAUAAAAUUUCUGACGUGGGGUAAUCAAUCCAGCGAGAAUUCCACCUGACCGGCCAUUCAAAUCCGUGGUAAAAAUUACUUGUGUAGUUCUAAGACCGUUAUCACACAGUCAGCCUGGGUACAAUCGACGUUUGAAACGUUUCACUCGAAGAACUUGAUUCUGCACACUGAAAGAGAGAGAGCAAAAGAUUCAGCUUCCUUAGAUACAAACCAAGACAUAGAUAGAAAAUUCUGGAAUUCAGAAUGAGAGAUCCUAAAAUCAGAGAAUCUUGAAAUAAGUUAAGUCCACCUUGUGCAAAUGUAGUAUCCUAGCUUUUCGAACUGCAAUCGUCUCUAUCUCUUUGCGCCAAAAUGAAAACACACGACCUUAGUUGUGAAACUACUGAGACUCAACAAGGCUCAAAAGAAAAGGCGAACCACGCAUGCAUCAAAUUCCAUCAAAUUCUCUGGCGGGAAAAUUAAUUAUCGUACCGUAGAAGAACUCUAGGUUCGACUAAUGUGAUACGCAGAAGGAGCUGCUAAGACGCACUAGCAAACGAAGGACGAAUUUUGGAGAGAAAUUGCUUUUAAAACAAAAUUGAAUCAUUAAAAAAUUCACCACAUAAAGUUGAGAAAGCCAAUCAAUAGUUUACUAUGGUUUCGUCCGAGUUAAAGAUCUACUUUUACCAGUAUACACCUUAACAUUCGCGAAUCCUUACGUCCGUGUGUCGUUCAAUUCGUGGUGGGACUUCCACGUAACAUGUCUAAUGCUGUCCUUGACAAUUUUGGGUUAAUUAGCAGUCAUUUCAAGCAUUGUGUUGGGGUCAAAUUGGUAAAUUCUACUUGGCUCUUGGAAGGGCCAAAUCGAGAAAAAGUUCCAAAGUGGAAUUCAUUUGGGUCAAUUCAGAGUUUGGAGGGGUCUAAAUGGUACCUGUCUGACCCGUUUUGGCUUAAAUAGUUUAAAACGACCCUCGACGGGCCAAAUUGGCCCUCAAAACAUUAGCGCCAAUUUGGCUUAUGGGGUCAAUUUGGCUCUCUUCAUUUUACAGUACAGUUACAACUGCAUGGGGAGUCGAAGGACCAUUUGAAAGAAAGACACAUGUACUUAUACAUAACAAUUUUAUUAAACCUGAAUUUUAAUUCUUACCAAAACAAACAAGGAAUGCGACGACUUCAAUUCAGGAACAUUACCAAACAGGACAUUGAAAAUAUACACUAUGUUAAAUUCGCUCCUUCUGUCAUGAUGGGAUGGGAUGGGAUGGAAAAAACGGAUUGCACGGAGAACACACGAGUCAGUUAGGUUAAUCCCGAAAGAAGAAGAUGAUCCGGGAACGUUUAUCACAACUUAAUUAAUUCAACAGUCCACUGUUGAAUACAUGUAUGAGGUCACAUUCUGUAACACAACAAACAACUCUUAGUGCGACUAUGGAAUAAGUUAAAGCAUUUUAUGUAAUCUUUACUGCUUUAUGUAUGCUACGAAGAGGUAAAUAGACUAAACUUCUUUGCGUUACAUAUUUCUAAAUAAGGUAAAGAGGAAAACUUCCUCUCCCUUUAUGAUUUUCAUAGUUUCGGAGAGCAGUCAACUGAGCAUCAACCACAAUAAGUAAUGCUCCUCUGAGGCUACGAAGAUGUCUCAAAACCUGGAACAAUACAAAUGAAAUGAAAUAAAAUUUAAGGGAAUUUUAAAGGACCUCAUAUACAAGAGAGCAGUAAACAAAUCACUAAGGUUUAUUUUCACUGAUCUUUCAACACAAAUCAUAGCUUCAAUGAUAGAGAAAAUCGGAAAACCAAUGCACUCCUAAUGAUAAAUCAUUAGUGUGUAACGUAGUGAACUGUCUUUGAACUACAUCAGAAACGGUUUCUAAAGGAUUGAACUUUGAUUGUGAGCUUUGAGGAACAGAUAAUUUCAAGUUUCCUGAAUGAAAAGAACUUACAUGUACGGGCUCAGUGUUGCAUGUUUUCUUUGUCGUACUGUACAUAAGGAUUUUUUUACCGCGGUAGGUCCUUGGGAAAUAGGUAGACCUUGCGUGCACGCUAUUAUGUAAUUUAAAUCGUCGAGGGAGUUUAGAGUCUUUGUUCAAUCGCUUGGAUCUAAUGUGUCCAAGGGUACGUGAUUAGAUGCUCGAUUGUUCUAGAUACUCUUCGCAAGCAUUCCCAAGAAUAUCUGAAACAUGAAUGUACAACAAUAGCUUCCAUUUUUUGCAAAAUAUGCUCAGAGGUUGUCUAAGUAGUUCGAGUGAAGCUUGAGAAAAAUUGUGAGCUUUGAGGUACAGAUAAUUUCAAGUUUCCUGAAUGAAAAUAACUUACAUGUACGGGCUCAGUGUUGCAUGUUUUCUUUGUUGACAAGCAAACUGGAGUUGUCUUGACACUUGUUACGCUCUAGCCGGCCUGUCUCCGUUUUCACGGUUAGUCAGUUUCAAAUAACGAGGUUUUCUGCCUCCAAAACAAUGUUUGACGUCAUGUCACGAAAUAAACCUCUCUUACAUCCUGAUUUGCAUAAAACGGUUACAACUUCAUGGAUUGUCAUAACAACUCGAGCAUACUUGAACAAGAGACACAGGUUCUGGAACGUGGACUUUGAUUCUGAACGCUGAAGACCGAAACUAAUUAACUCGGAAGGUGCGAUGACAUGGAACAUUGCCACACAGAACAUCGGAAAUAUACCCUAAACAACCCAUGAAUCCGACGGUGGCAUUGAUGAAUGUAUUUCUUAUCAUCUUCAUUGUUUCAUGUAUGUUACGAAGGGGUAAGUAGAGGGAUCAAACUCCGUUGUGUUACGUAGUUCUAAAUAUUUGUAAGCAGGAAAAAUUUGUCUGUAUUUAUGUUUUGCAUAUAUUCUGUUGUAGUCAACUUGCAUUAACUCCAAUGAAAAUGCGCCUCUUGGGCUGCGUGAUAGAUGUCGUUCAAACCUUUAAAUAAAUAACAUAAGAUGACAUUUACGGGAAUUGAGGUAUGACCUCAAGUACAAGAGAGCUGUAAACAACAAUCUAUCGUUAUUAUAACUCAUUUCUUAGCGUUUUCAUUACGAGAAAUCAGUAAUAUGAAACGAACACGACGCCGGUUGUUAGAUCUACAUGUAAACAGUUUCUAAUAUGAUGGAAUUUUCUAGUAAGAACUGCAUAAAAUUAUGACAUGGUUGCCAUGUGAACUUUAAUAUAUUGCAUAAAAAUAUGUUAUUGUCAUACAAUUUUUCAUACUUCUUGAUAAAUUUUAGUGCAACAUCAUUGAUAUGAGAUCGUUUAGUUUAAAGGGCUACUUCGCAAUUGCAACGGAAUGAAUUUUAAUAUUUUGUCACGUUCGCUCUCCGUGGAUAUACAACAUCAACCAUUUUUCCUUACAUGAAAUUCACACUAGUUCAUUCUCACUGCGGCUCGUUCUGCGUUACCUCGACAGCAGGAAAAAAAGAGGCUAACGUUUCUAAACUUUCUCUUCAUCUCUCUUUACAGUAAAUUGCCUCAAAUGCUAUGAAUGCAAAGGUCCAGAUGAUGGUCGACCGUACCCACAAGAAAUGUGCGAAAGAGAGUCAACCAUUAUCACUUGCUUAAAUCAUUCACUUUGCGGCAGAUACCUCCACAGGAUUAAAUCUGGGGUUUUGGUGAACGAAGUCGAGGCAAGAUCAUGUGUAGUAGAUUGUAAAAGUAUCGAGAAUUCAUGCCGGGCCAUAAUCCUUGCGGGUGGCAACUGCACUCAUUCAUGCUGUGAUAAAGACUUGUGUAACGGUGGAAAAAGUGCAGCUGUGAAAGGAUCGCAAGGGUCUUUACUCGUGACAGCAAUGGCUCCUGCCAUAGUAUACUUAUCUACGUUGAAAGAAGAGGACUAA